AUGCUCUAUAGGGACAGAUCCAGGAAACUAUUAGUAAAUGACCCAGUUAAUGAUCUAGUUAACGACCCAGUUAAUGACCCAGUUAACAAUCCAGUUAAUAACCCAGUUAAUGUCUCAGUUAGUGACCCUUUUAACAAUCUAGUUAACAACCUAGUUAAUAACCCUUUUAACAAUCUAGUUAACGACCCUUUUAACAACUCAGUUAACAACCUAGUUAAUAACCCUUUUAACAACCUAGUUAAUGACCCUUUUAACAACUCAGUUAACGAUCUAAUUAACGUAUCUGUUAAUGUACCAGUUAAUAUACCUGUUAACGUACUAGUUAAUAUACCUGUUAAU